AUGGAGGGCUGCGAUGUCGAGAUCCCUCAGUACUUCCUCUGUCCGAUAUCCCUGCAGAUCAUGAAGGACCCCGUGACGACCGUGACCGGCAUAACCUACGAGCGCGAGAGCAUCGAGAAGUGGCUGUCCAAGUGCUCCGGUGGCGCAGCCACGUGCCCCGUCACCAACCAGCCGCUACCGAGGGCUUCUGGCCUCACGCCGAACCACACGCUCCUCCGGCUUAUCCAGGCGUGGUGCAUCAGCAAUGCAAAGAACGGGGUCGACCGGAUCCCAACCCCCAAGUCACCCCUCGACAAGGCUCACAUCCUAAAGCUAGUGAGGGGGCUCACGGCCGAGCACUUGAUCUUCAGGUCGAUGAAGAAGUUGGAAGAACUCGCGAAGGAGAACGAGCGGAACAGGGCGUGCAUGGUUGAGGCUGGGGUGGCUAAUGCGAUGGUAGGGGUCAUAAUAAAUUGCUUCAAGCAAAGCAACACGACGUGCCUCGAUGAGGCUUUGAGGAUCCUCCAUUCGAUAUGGAGCCCCACGACAGAACUCAAGAAUCUCGUCAAGGAAAAUUACUACUUCGUCGAUUCGUUGGCAUGGGUGCUACAUUUCCAAACGGUCUAUAACGGUGUCGAAUCGAAGACUCACGCGUUGGCUAUAAUGAAAAAAGUGAUGGAGAUCGCGAACGUUAGCUUAUUGGAGAGACUGAAGCUUGACCUCUUCAAGAGUUUAGUGAAGAUAUUGAGAGACACAAGGAUGUCUCAACAAGGUAUCAAAUCAGCCCUACUAGUCCUCAUUGAUGCAUGCCCUUGGGGGAGGAACCGGCUCAAGAUGGUCGAGGCUGGGGUGGUCUUUGAGCUCGUGGAGCUCGAGCUUGGGAAGCCCGAGAAGCGGGUCAGUGAGCUGGCCUUCAACCUCUUGGCUCAGCUGUGCUCAUGUGCCGAUGGGAGAGCGCAGCUCCUGAGACACGCAGGAGGGAUCGCGAUGGUUGCAAAGCGAACGCUCAGGGUAUCACCAGCAGUGGAUGACAAGGCGGUGCAGGUCCUCGCACUCGUGUCCAAGUUCUCGGCGACGAGUGAGGUCGUGUCGGAGAUGUUGAGGGUCGGCGCGGUGUCGAAGCUGUGCAUGGUGUUGCAAGCGGAUUGCCCGGCAUACUUGAAGAGAAACGCGAGGGCGGUUCUCAGGAUGCACUCCAGCGUGUGGAACAAUUCUCCUUGUAUUCAAGUGUAUCUCCUAACAAGGUUUCCUAGGUAG